UUACUAGUGCAGGUACAGCUGAUCUAGUGAAGGGAGCGCUGACUCAUCCCAUUGCCGGAUUUCGGAGCCAGUUAAAUAAAACUCUAGCAGCAGGGAUAAUACUUUGAUACUUUGAAUGAUUGACCAUGGAUACCAAAGACUUCAAUGGAAAAGAUUCUGGAGGGGUCAAGAAGAAGAAACCCACUUUUCUCAAAAGCAGGUUGUAUAUGUUAGAGAGGAGGAAGACAGACACCAUUGUAGAGCAUGCCAUAAAUGAGGACCAUGGCAAUACAGGCACUCUGCGCAGGAGCCAGUCUGACAGGACAGAGUAUAACCAGAAGCUGAAAGAAAAAAUGGCACCCAGUGUUGCAGCAUCGGCUCCAACAUCUCCAGUGCAAGACACGACGGAGCUGAGGAUAAGAAAAAUGAAUAAGAGGGCAAAGAUUAUUGGAGAGCUGAUUCAAACAGAAAAAGAUUAUCUGAAUGACCUGGAACUCUGCAUCAGAGAAGUUGCUGAACCACUCAGAAAGCACCAUUCAGAACGCUUGGAUGUGGAUGCUCUAUUCAGUAACAUUGAGUCUGUCUGCCAGAUAUCAGCUAAACUCGUGUCCCUGCUGGAAGAAGCUACAACAGAUGUGGACCCUGAGCACCAAGUGAUAGGUGAAUUGUUUCUGGAGAUUAAAUGCCCACUAGAAGAUGUGUAUAAAAUCUAUUGUUAUCACCACGAUGAAGCACACACUGUGCUGGAGGCCUAUGAGAAAGACCAGGAGCUGAAGGAAUAUCUUAGACAGUAUACACAAACAUUAAAAAAAAUAUAUGAAGAGCAAAGUAAACCAAAUCUGCUGGACAUGGGAUCCCUGAUAAUUAAACCAAUCCAGCGGGUGAUGAAAUAUCCACUGUUGUUAUGUGAACUACUGAACUCCACUCCUCCAUGUCACCCGGACUACAGGACACUACAGGACGCCUUUACAGCGAUCAGAGAUAUCAAUUGCAAUAUUAAUGAGCUGAAAAGAAGGAAGGACUUAGUGUUGAAGUACCGGAGGGUAGAUGAAGAGGAAUCGCUGAAAGACAAACUUUCUAAACUCAGUAUUCACUCCAUUACAAAGAAGUCGAAGAGAGUGACCAGUCACCUGAAGAUACUUACAGGAGGAGAACAGGUGAAAGACCAAAUAUUUAAUAAAGAAGAAAAAAUAUUCAGAAGCUUGGAAAAGACUGUCCGGUUCUGUGUUAAAAACAUUGUGUGUACCCUCCAGCAUAUGCAGGAUGCUUUGCCUUUGGGUGGACUAAGUGCUAUGGAACUACAUGACAUGUUGCAUGAUGAUUCCCAGGAAAGCAAUCAAGAUAUAAGCUUGCAGAACAGUGUGCGGACACAGUAUGAACAGCUGGCCAGCAAACUGGACCGACUAGUUUCUACACCACUUUGUGCUCUGCAGUCCAUGUUCUCCAUGCCUCAGAAGCUUAUCCAGAAGCGUUAUGAUAAACUUCUGGACUACCACAGCUGCCUUCAGAAACCAGCUGAUGCUCAUCUAGACCAGGCAAGAAAGGACUAUGAGGCGCUUAAUGCACAGCUAGUGGAGGAACUGCAACUGUUUAAUAAGGCUGCACAGAAUAUCCUGUUCAAUUGCCUCUACUUCUUCAUCAACCUAGUGAAAGAAAUCAUGUCUACUGCAUUGGGAUCAUGUUUGCACAGUGCUGAACUCUUUCCACUGAUCUCUGCAAAUGUAAAUGAGGUUCAGCAACGAAUCAUGGAUGAGCUGCAGAAUCUAAACUUUAUGAAGGAAAACAACAAUGGUACAUUUAUUGAAAGAAAACUGAGCUUCGAAAGGAAGAAGACACUGUCUCCCCUGCCCGAACUACCUCGUCAGACUGAGAUUCACAGAUGCAAGCUACUGUCUACCUAUGGUGUUGAUAAACUUUACCAGGCAAAGCGCAAGUGCAAUGCUUCCCAGGAGCUAGAUAUAGAUCUGUAUGAGGGGGAGAUGGUGGCUAUUGUGGAGUACAACGACCCUUUGGGAAGUACUAGCAGGUGGUUUGUGGACACAGGAAUACUGCAAGGCUACGUCUAUUCAUCCUUUCUGAAACCAUACAACCCGGGAAGACAGCAAAAAGACUCAUCGGACAGCGCUUUCUGUGAUGAAGAUUUUGAUGACCUCAGUCUCUUUGUUUCAACUCGGCCUCCACGUGACAGACACAGUCGUGUAUCACAGGGCAGUGCAGGGGACAGCAGUCCAUCCAUAAAUGGAGAUGAUGAGAAACAUGACACCAAUGAAUCUGAUGCAGACAAUUGGCAAAAUAGCGAAGAAUAUCAUAUUUUCUAUGCUGUUUAUGCGUUUGAAGCUCGGAGUCAGCAGGAACUCACUCUGGAGGAGAAUCAGAGGGUCAGAAUAAUUAAGUUCUGUGACCUGAGUGGUAAUAAGGAGUGGUGGCUUGGCGAGGCACAUGGCCAGAGAGGAUACGUUCCAGCUAAUUAUUUAGGGAAGAUGACAUAUGCUUAGCAAUGAGUUCUUUUCCGUUUAAAGGACAGUGAAGCAUGGGAGGAAUUUGGAAUUUCUGUUUCCUUUUAUUGGAUGCUCCUGUGCGAUACAAAGUGAAGGAUCUAUUUUCUAUGUUUGAUUAUUGAAAAGAGUGGCAAAAGGGACAGAGGUCAAGUGCAUACAGGACCAUUGGCAGGCUGCAGGCUACUCUUAUGUUUAAAGCACUUAUACACGGUGUAUGCUGACAAAGCAAACCGAUGUACUGAAUAUGAAGUAUAAUCAUUCACUGUGACCAAAUAAAAAAAAAACACACACACACACACACACACACACACACACACACACACACACACACACACACACUCUCUCUCUCUCUCUCUCUCUCUCUCUCUUCUACCCAUUCUUAGCACGGGAGUUUCCUUAUUUUUAGCCAAACAUAUUUUCUGCGGGUACUAUGCACAAAUGAUGCAGUUGAUAAAAAGUACAUUUAGUAAACAUUAAAUUUACAUUUAUUCUGAAAUAUCCAACUACAUCACAUCUGACCCUUCUCUGCUGUAAGCUUUUCCUUUUCACCUCUGAAAGUUUAUUCCUGAUAAGGUUUAUUACGCAGCACAAUUGCCAUUAUACUCAUUUUUUUUAAUAGAUUUUUUGCAACGUCCAUGAAUGUAUAACCCAGUGCUAGUCAUUAGGUUGACAUUCAAAAUGUUGGCUCAGUUAAAAUGUCAUUGGGCUUAGACAAUGGUUAGUUUAGUAUCACAGCCAUUAUUGACAUUUCGUACCAAACCCAAAUAAACUUGUCAUGGCAAGGUGAUCUAUUAACUGCCAAUAUAUUGCCUACCUCUUCCUAUACAACCAAGCAAUUUAUUAGUUUUACUAUUAAUGUAUACAAAGCUUUCAUUUAUUCAUAUUUCCGUUUUCUUUAUCAUUGGUGUUUUUGACAAUAGCCUGAUCCACUGAAGGCCAGGUCAGGGAAUCAGGAAUGCUAAACAUGUUGAAAAAUCCCAAUCCCCCAAUUCCUGACCUAUUUUGGUUAGAAUCAGGAAAUUAGGCAUUUUAAACAUAUUUAAUUGCCAAGAUUCCACAACAGAUUGCUAAUGAUCGCUGGCGCAAUGAUCCGGUAAUCACGGUGACUGAUGUAUGGGGGUCAUUCUAUUUGUUUGUUUUUUUAUUUGAAGACCAAAAUGUAGGUACCAUUUUAAUUCUCUAUCAGUGUAGGUUUUUGCAAAUGGAAAUUACCAUGGAGGUAAAGCAUGUGCAGCCCAUUUUUUCACAGUGAAAGGGCUCAUGGUGCACAUUGUGUUAUACAGAUAGAUUUCAAAGCAAUAUAAUAUUGCCAUUACUUGUAUAAGUGUAGCAUUUACAGUGGCUGGUAGAUAAUUACGAGGGACUUCUCUAUUAGAUGAACCCAGGCGGGACAGUUUUUUUCCAAAAAUAGAAAAGUAGUUUGCUAAGAGAUGGAUUAUCACCUCAUGACCAACAUGCAAACACAUCCCUCCAAUAUUAGCAUCCAUUAGGUCAGAUGUCCUAAUAAUGUCAUUCACAGAUGGACGCAGUUAGCAUGCACAGAAUGGGUCCUGCACAUGCGCAGUCUAUCCGCCAUCAUCAUAUGAAAAGCAUCAAGUUUGCCUACUACUCUGACUCAGGCCCCAUGUUGUAAACAUGUACUGUAGUCAGGGGCACUGACAGCUCUGCUGGGCCCCAGUACAGGGAGGGAGUGUGGCCAGAGCACCUGCUUAAAAAAAUAUUUUAAAAAUUGUAUAACGUGCAGCCUCAAAUCAGCCCUGCGCAGGUGUGAUUGUUCCCCCACGCAGGGAGCCGCGCACACGGUGCAAUUUGCACUAACUUUCCUUAUGAUUUUGACUAUAUAGUCAAAAUCGUAAGGUUCCUUUGCACCGUGUGUAUGCACCUUAAGUUCUCUCUCUCCCUGCCCAAAGUGCAUCUCUCUCUGCAAUGAGAAGGGGGGACUGGCCCCCAAACAGGCCUGUAUCCGGAUAAAGAGUACUCCCUCCCCCGGCACCACAAUGUGCACAAAGGCUUUAUAUUUAUGGCUCUUUUGUGUCAUCUUUAAAGAAUAAAAAGGUGUCCUAUUCAUUCCUGGACUGUUCUUGUUCUGACAUGAUGUAUAGGCCAUGAUUAACAGCACAGUCCGCGACACCAGUCAUGUCACUCUUUAUGUUGCCAUGGCUUCUGCAGAGGCAAAAGCCAAUCAAGCUAUUGACUAACACAUGAAUUACCGGUACUUAUAAUGCUGAUGUGUGAUGCUGCUAUUAGCCGAUAUGGUUAUAAAAUAACGUUUCAGGCAAUAUCACAAAGUCUUAGCUGCACUGUUGAAAGACUUCUCAGCCCAUGGUCUUUAAAAAUGCUAGCUAACACACUACACUCACAUCACAUCAAUUUGCUAUGUGGUUAGCUUAUGUCUGAAUAUAAUGUAUGUUGAUGGUAUAACUGCCAGCAUGAAGCACAUUGUGAAUGUUUCCACAUGUAUGUACAAUGUGCAGACAGGCAGCCUCCAAUUGAUCAUGUGAUAAGUGUCAUUAUAUUAAUUACACUUCCUCUAUAAAAUGAUAUCCUGCUAGACGGGUGAUAUUGGUAAACCUUUAUGACGGCAAUUGAUUUAAUUAAAUGUUAUACAGUAUAUUCCCUAUUUUAUCAAACAAGUGUACAGAUAGAAAUUUAUGAAACAAAAUGAUUUAUGCAUAGAUGUUAAUAUAUAAUAAAUGUUUAUAUAUGAA